UGCUUCAGUACCUCAGCCUCAGGAAAGCAGUCACACCCAGCGAGCGGCUGUAACUGGAAGAAAAGAAAACCCCAACUUACCAAACACUGGAGCGAGAGUAAAAGGGAACCAAUCAAGACAGAGAAUGAGCAAGGACAAGUGCAACUGUGAGUGCCCCUAUACCUUCAGAGCAUUUCCUAAGCAAGACACAGUUGAAGGAGGUGACCAAAUGAUGAAUAUGGGAGAUUUGACAGAAAACGAGAAACCAAAACGCUCAAAGAACAGGCGCCAGCGUCGCAAAGGCGCUUGCCAUCAUGUUGUAGGUUUGCCUCCUUCUCCAUCAGCACGACCACCAGUACUGCUGUGGUUUAGGAGGGACUUACGACUUUGUGACAAUCCUGCUCUCAAUGGCUCAUUGGAGGUUGGUGCACCUGUCAUACCCAUCUUCAUCUGGAGCCCUGAAGAGGAGGAGGGACCUGGGAUAACAGUGGCUAUGGGAGGAGCUUGUAAAUACUGGCUUCAUCAAGCUUUGUCUUGUUUCUGUUCAUCUCUGGAAUGCAUUGGCAGCCGUCUUGUCUUUCUCAAGGCAAAAGCAGCGAAGAAUGAGGUUGGGCCAACUCUGCAUUGCCUCAAGGAGCUAGUAAAGGAGACGGGAGCGACGACAGUCUUUGCUAAUGCCCUCUAUGAGCCAUGGCUUAAGGACAGGGAUGAUGAGGUGGUGUCAGCCUUUAAGAAAGACGGUGUUGAGGUUAAGAUGUUUCACUCGUACUGUCUCAAAGACCCUUACUCCGUCAGCACAGAGGGUGUGGGACUCAGAGGAAUAGGCUCUGUGUCUCACUUCAUGAGCUGCUGUAAACAGAACCCGGGGUCUGCAUUAGGAGUUCCCCUGGAUCCUCCUGUAUCUCUCCCCACACCUGCCCAAUGGCCUCAGGGUGUGUCUUUGGACGGGCUAGGCUUGGCCCGCAUGCCCCGCAGGAAAGAUGGCACCACGAUUGACUGGGCCGCUAACAUACGUAAAUCCUGGGAUUUCACUGAAAAAGGAGCACAUGCACGACUAGAGGCCUUUCUUCAGGAUGGUGUCUACAGGUACGAAAAAGACUCAGGUAGGGCAGAUGCCCCGAAUACCAGCUGCCUGUCUCCAUACCUUCACUUUGGUCAGCUCAGCCCACGCUGGCUGUUGUGGGAUGCCAAAGGUGCACGCUGUCGACCACCGAAAUUCCAACGCAAACUGGCGUGGAGAGAUUUGGCUUACUGGCAGCUAACGUUGUUUCCUGACCUUCCCUGGGAAUCCCUCAGGCCUCCAUACAAGGCUCUGCGGUGGAGUGUUGAUCAUGGCCACCUGAAGGCCUGGCAGAGAGGUCGAACAGGUUACCCUCUGGUGGACGCAGCCAUGAGGCAGUUGUGGCUUACAGGCUGGAUGAACAACUACAUGAGACAUGUGGUGGCGUCUUUUCUCAUUGCAUAUCUCUACCUGCCGUGGCAAGAAGGCUAUCGCUGGUUCCAGGACACCUUAGUGGAUGCAGAUGUUGCAAUAGAUGCCAUGAUGUGGCAGAAUGGGGGCAUGUGUGGUCUGGAUCACUGGAACUUUAUCAUGCAUCCCGUGGAUGCAGCGAUGACCUGUGACCCCUGCGGCAGCUAUGUUAGGACAUGGUGCCCUGAACUUGCAGAUCUGCCUGAAGAACUUAUUCACAAACCCUGGAAGUGUCCCACAUCCAUGCUGCGGCGUGCUGGUGUGGUGUUUGGCCAGACAUAUCCUGAGCGAAUCAUUACAGACCUGGAUGAGCGAAGGAAUCAUUCCCUGCAAGAUGUAGCUCUGGUGCGGAAAGAGUUUAGUCAAUAUGUGGACAAGCGCUCAGGCUGUGAUUUGGUCCCAUUGCCGCCACGUCUGGUCUCUGAGGCUCUGGGCUUAUCACACAGGGACGGGGGUGUGGUGAAGGAAGGAAAGCAGUUCUUGUUGCCUGUCAUCACCCGCAUGGAAUUCAAACACCAGCUAGAAGAUCCAGAUGCAGACGCCGCCUCAAAUCCCUACAAUGCCGUCUUAAAAGGAUACGUGAGCCGCAAGAGGGACGAGACCAUCGCCUUCCUUAAUGAGAGAGAUUUCACUGCCAGUGUGAUGUACGAGGGAACCCAGAGGAGGGAGAGGCUUGAGAGCGAUUAUCGCAGAAUGGAGGGACUCCCUACGCCUCCUGCAGCUCGGGGCAGAGCCAGAAGAACUCCAACAGCCAAGGACAGGUUUUCUGUAGUACCUGGUGGAGCAGUCACCUCACUCAGGUGACCCAGAGAUCAAGAUUGAAUGUUUACAGGUUUCUUAAUUUACCAGGCAGUUACGUGCCUAUAACUGCUGAAAUGCACAGUAUGUUACAGUACACAGCUCUCCACUUUAAAUCUACUACUAAGCCAAAGAAUUGGCAGGAAAACUGAGAUGAAACUACUGAGAAACAAGUUGACAAGAGGCUUGGUAGAAGUGCUUUACAUUAUGUACCCUGAGUAGUUAAUUUAAUCUAAACUUUUAAGCAAUGGGAUGGUAUUUAUUUCAACCUAGAUUUAAGUUGUAUUUCAUACAUGCAUGCAUAUAAAUUGUGUAAGAAACGCAGAAUGAAAUGGCAUCAGAAAACGGACGUGGGUUACUUUGUUGAUAUUUGUAUAAAGGGGUCUAGCUCAAGGCUGGAAAUGUUACCUUUGUCUGCUUACGUGCAUUUUACAUUGGGAUGACUAAAACUCUUUUCUCUAUUUUAUUUUAAGCAAUGCAAAUGUCUUUCUACUUGUAUGACAUUUAAUAUAUGUGACCAUCUUAAACUCUUUCAACUCAUCAGCUGCUCAAUA